UUAUUCUCUCUCUCUCUCUCUCUCUCUCUCUCAUUGUUCUUGCUUCUUCUUCUUCUUCUUCUUCUUCACUUGCCACAGAAACUCCACUUUGCAGCAAGAAAAGACUCUGCACAUAGUACUCUUCCGUGCCUGUUUAAUCACCGCUGCCAUGAUCACGUGGCACGAUCUCUACACCGUGCUGGCCGCGGUGGUGCCGCUCUACGUGGCCAUGAUCCUGGCCUACGGCUCCGUGCGGUGGUGGAGGAUCUUCUCCCCCGACCAGUGCUCCGGCAUCAACCGCUUCGUCGCCAUCUUCGCCGUCCCCCUCCUCUCCUUCCACUUCAUCUCCACCAACAACCCGUACGCCAUGAACCUCCGCUUCAUUGCGGCCGACACCCUCCAGAAGCUCGUCCUCCUCCUCCUCCUGGCCCUCUGGGCCAACCUCUCCGCCCGCGGCUCCUUGGACUGGUCCAUCACCAUCUUCUCUCUCUCCUCCCUCCCAAACACUCUCGUCAUGGGCAUCCCUCUCCUCAUCGCCAUGUAUGGCCCCGGCGCUGGCAGCCUCAUGGUUCAGGUGGUCGUGCUGCAGUGCAUCAUCUGGUACACCCUCCUCCUCUUCCUCUUCGAGUACCGGGGCGCGAAGAUCCUCAUCAUGGAGCAGUUCCCCGAGACCGCUGCCUCCAUCGUGUCGUUCAAUGUCGACCCCGACAUCGUCUCGCUUGACGGCCGGGACCUCCUCGAGACCGACGCGGAGGUAGGCGAUGACGGGAAGCUCCACGUCACAUUGAGGAAAUCGAACGCAUCGAGGCGGUCCUUCGGCCUGGGGCCUGGCAGCGGCUCGUUCUCUGGGAUGACGCCGAGGCCUUCCAACCUCAGCGGAGUGGAGAUCUACAGCCUGAGCUCGUCACGGAACCUGACUCCGAGGGGCUCCAACUUCAACAACUCGGACUUCUACUCCAUGAUGGGCGUGCCUCCGCUCUCCAACUUCGGACCCGCCGACGUGUACUCGGUACAGUCCUCCCGCGGCCCGACCCCGAGGCCGUCGAACUUCGAGGAGAACUCACUGCCGUCCCCGAGGUUCGGGUUCUACCCAGCCCAGGUUGUGUCCACUCCGUACCCGGCUCCGCUCCCCGAUUUCGCAUCCGCAUUCACGAAGAGCGGCAAACCGAACCUCCAACAGCAGCAGCCGCCGCCGCCGCCCCCGCAGGCGCAGCAAUCCAACAGCAUGGCGAAAGCAAACAAUUACGACGCGAAGGAGCUCCACAUGUUCGUGUGGAGCUCCAGCGCUUCGCCGGUUUCGGAAGUAGGCGGGCUCCACGUGUUUGGCAGCGGGGAUAUAGGGGCUCCGGAUAAUCAAUCCGGGCGGUCCGAUCAGUGCGUCAAGGAGAUCCGGAUGAUAGUCGCCGAUACCAACCAGCCCAGCGGCGACACCAAAAGUGCACCGGAAACGGUGGGAUACACCGGGCGGGAUCAGUUCAGCUUCGCGGGCAAACCAGACGAGGGGGACGAAGGGAUCGGCGAGAAGAAGGACGCGGCGGGGCCCGCCAGGCUCGACAAGCUCGGCCCGAGCUCCUCCGCGGCCGCUGCCGGAGAGCCGGGGUACGGCGACGCCGGGGACAUCAAGCAGAUGCCGCCGGCGAGCGUGAUGACCCGCCUCAUCUUGAUCAUGGUGUGGAGGAAGCUGAUCCGGAACCCCAACACCUACUCGAGCCUCAUCGGCCUCACAUGGUCCUUGAUCGCCUUCCGGUGGGAGGUGGCAAUGCCCAAGAUCGUAGAGAAGUCAAUCUCCAUACUGUCCGAUGCUGGGCUGGGAAUGGCCAUGUUCAGCUUAGGUCUGUUCAUGGCCCUUCAGCCUAAGCUAAUCGCGUGUGGGAACUCCGUCGCCACGUUCGCCAUGGCCGUGAGGUUCCUCACUGGCCCGGCCGUGAUGGCCGUCGCCUCCCUUGCCAUCGGGUUGCGCGGGACCCUACUUCGUAUCGCCAUCGUCCAGGCGGCGCUUCCGCAAGGAAUAGUCCCGUUCGUGUUCGCGAAAGAGUACAAUGUUCAUCCAGCCAUUCUCAGCACCGCGGUCAUAUUCGGGAUGCUGAUAGCCCUGCCGAUCACGCUUGUCUACUACAUUCUUCUCGGGUUAUAAAAGCAUCCUCUCCUAAGUUAUUCCCUCCAGACGCAAGUCGCAAAGGAAGUCUUAAGUGAAGCAAAAUCCACAAAUGGAUUUCGAUUUCAUGGGAUUUCAUGGGGGAAGAACGAAGCGACAAAGAUGUAACGUCAGGCGAAUCCCUGGAAAAUAGGAUUAUGUCUCCAUUAAAGGCCAAUUAGGCUGUAGCUUAGCCUAUGUUUAAUGGGGACAUAAGGGAGUGGAAGGAGGUUCUAGAUGAGACAUGCUUUCAUUAUAUUAUUCCAAUUCCUAAGGCUCCUCCAGUGAAUAAAUGAAGAAGAUCGGCUAGGAAUUUGGCUUGCUU